CGGGCCCGAGGGGUUCCCGGGAAGCCGCGCGCUGCCUCUGCUGGGCGACUGGGGAGGGGUCGCCGGGAGGGCUUCGCAGGGGCUCAGAGCCGCGCAACCGGGACGGUGCGGGAAACCCUGCUCCUCGAGCGGACUUGGGCUCCUUCAGUCUCACCUGUCCUCACCUGUGUGCUGCCGGGAGAGCAGAUGUCAUCAUUGAAUCUCCUGGAAUCUUUUCACAUCCACCAUGAAUAUCUCUCACUUCCUGGCCUUGCUGCUUCCAGAAUCCCCACAGGGUCAAAACAGGAGCAAGUCAAGUUCUCUGUACACUCCAUACAACUUCUCUGACUACUGCCAGGAUUCCAUAGACCUAGUGGUCUUCAUUGUCACCUCCUACAGCAUUGAGACCAUUGUGGGAGUCCUGGGCAACCUCUGCCUGAUAUGUGUGACCAUUAGGCAGAAGGAGAAGGCCAAUGUGACCAACCUGCUUAUUGCCAACCUGGCCUUCUCUGACUUCCUCAUGUGCCUCAUCUGCCAGCCACUCACAGCUAUCUACACCCUCAUGGACUACUGGAUCUUUGGCGAGGUCCUUUGCAAGAUAUCGGCCUUUAUCCAGUGUAUGUCGGUGACAGUCUCCAUCCUCUCGCUUGUACUUGUGGCUCUGGAGAGGCAUCAGCUCAUCAUCAAUCCAACAGGCUGGAAACCCAGUGUCUCCCAGGCCUACCUGGGGAUUGUGGUCAUCUGGCUCAUUGCGGGCUUCCUUUCCCUGCCCUUCCUGGCUAACAGCGUUCUAGAGAAUGUCUUUCAUAAGAACCACUCCAAGGCUCUGGAGUUUCUGGUGGAUAAGGUGGUCUGUACUGAGUCCUGGCCACUGGACCAUCACCGCAUCAUCUACACCACCUUUCUUCUGCUCUUGCAGUACUGCGUCCCACUGGCCUUCAUCUUGGUCUGCUACGUUCGCAUCUACCAGCGUCUGCGGAAGCGGGGGCGGGUAUUCCGCAAGGGCACCUACAGCUUUCGGGCUUGGCAGAUGAAGCGGAUCAAUGUGAUGCUUGUGGUCAUGGUGGCUGCCUUUGCUGUGCUUUGGCUGCCCCUGCAUGUGUUCAAUAGCCUGGAGGACUGGUACCAUGAGGCCAUCCCCAUCUGUCAUGGCAACCUCAUCUUCUUGGUGUGCCACCUGCUUGCCAUGGCCUCUACCUGUGUCAACCCUUUCAUCUAUGGCUUUCUCAACACCAACUUCAAGAAGGAGGUCAAGGCCUUGGUGCUGACUUGCAAGCAGAGGGUCCCUGUGGAGGAGUCCGAGCAUCUGCCUCUGUCCACGGUGCACAUGGAAGUCUCCAAAGGGUCUCUGAGGCUCAGUGGCAGGUCUAACCCCAUUUAGUCAGGUUUAGGGCUUCUCUCUGCCAUGUUCAUUACCAGCCUCCCUCACUUAGCUAAGUGGGCACGUUGCAAGCUGGGCGUGGCACUGGCCUUGUGGGGCCCAGAUAGGGUAGCAAGAGCCUGUUUUUGCAUCCAUUUGCCUUGUGAAGCUGAGCAUUCUGAUGGUACAGCCAUUGUUCUUGGAAGAAUUCUGAGUCUGGAUUCUGCAGGUCGCACACAGUAUGUCUUGCAUCCUGAGCAGAAGCCAGAGCCGGAGAUGGUCUGAUUGAUGGUCUGUAGUUCAUUCUGGUAACUCAACAACAGAUGCCCAUCCCGGGAGCCCAGGGAUUUCACUUCCACCAGUGAGGCUGCAAGGCCAUGGUGCGGUGAGGGGAAGAACACAUGGAGUCAGAGUUCUGGACCUUGGUAAACCCCUAACCUCUGUGGGAGACGAUGUUUGUGGAUGGGCUUUGUAAGUGGUAAAGAGUUCUAUGGAGGCAAGACAGUGGGGUUACUGUAUAUCAUUAGCACAUCCAGCUGCAGAGAAGGGACCCUGGCAGCCAGCUCACACUCCUCUGCAGUAGGAAAAUCAGCCCUGAGCAGCGGGAAUUCCAGGGUUCACAUCCUACUCCAUCCUUUUUCUCUUUCUUUGUAUCUGCCACCUUGAAUGGAAAUAAGCCUG